AUGGUCUCCCUUAGAGUGUUCAGGGCCAGAAACCAUCCAAGUGCCAGGCCAGUGUGUUCCGUCUGCCAUCCAAGUUGCUUUAGACACCUUCAGAGGCUCCAGUGCCUCAUCCUCAACAACAGUCUGCCUGCGAAGCUUCAUGGCCUUGAUCUCUUCCCGAGCAUUAUACGCAUCCGACCGGCGACGGAUCGAGUCAGGAAGACUGUUUAUCCGAACCUUGAACUCAUCAUACUCACGCUUGACCCGCCUACGGUCCUUGACGAAAUCCUGACGCACCUUAUUCUUGAAAGGGUCCUUCUUCAGGCUGAAGUAAGAUUCCGGAUUUCUAGGCUCGAUAUCAUGUUUCCGGCAGAACGGGACCCAAAGGUUCGCGAAACUUGCAGCCUCAGCCAUGGCCUCAAAUUCACUAAUGGGGGUUCCUUUUCAGGGUCAGCAGUAGAGACGAAUAUGUCUACGCCUGGGAGAUCGGAUUUCCCUGUGGGAUUAGCCGGGCUCGGCGUUUCGAACUUAUCUUUCAGCACAUUGAGAUCGGUCGCGCGGUUGAUUGGGCAUAAUUUGGGCAGCUGGUCGAGCAACCAAGAGAAGGCAAACCAGAUUUCACAUACGACGGACAUGAACCACAACCAUCUGGCAUCCUCAUUCGGGUGGCUAACUCUCCAUGCCAGAAAUAGUCCGAGAACAGCCAUACGGACAAAGAUUAAGAGCCUGCUUGAAUGCAAAUUAUGCUUGUCAGAUGUUAGAAAAGCUUUAAUUCAAACCUUUGGACAACACACAGUUGUACCUAUAAGGGCUGAGCACCGCGGCCGGAAUCUUCAACUUACGGGUGAGCGGCCUCCACGGCUUUCCCAUCAUCUCAGGGGGCUGGCCGGAGGACCCUUCACUCUUUUCAUCCUCCUUAGGCCAUAUGGCAUUCCCAUACCCGUAAGUCCCCUUGGUCUCAAAAAGCCACCUGUUGUGGUCAAAGUCGACCCCUGUCUGGCUCCUCAUCAGGCUCGUCGACUUCAUCAGCGACAGCCUCCUCUCCAUCUUGGACAGCGUGAGCGCUGGCGCAGGCGGGUCAGCAAGCGAGACGUCCGUGUUCUUGUAAGGCUCCUUGCAGCCUGGGCAGAUGCCAUCCCCUGUCUUGAGGGCAUCGUUGAAGCAGUCGCGGCAGAUCUUGAAAUCGCAGUCACACGGGAGGAUAUCGGCCCCACGGCCGUCGGUCACGACCUUGCCAUCGCAGCCCUGGACGGCGCACGACGAGCCCUUGACGCCGGCCAUCUGUGGGUGGCUGGCCUCCGACUCCAUCACCUUAUCCAUGAGGUGGGCACGGGUGACGCUGUUGUAGCCUCCCGUGAAGAGGGAGCUUGA